AUGCCUGCUCGCCCCAUCCCAUUCGUGACUUGGCCUGAUCCACGACUUUCUGCGUACCGCCAGUCGAAGUUUGUCGCAACGAACGAGACAGCCGCAUCGUCGUCGGCUUCGUCCUCACGUGCUGCGCCUCUCGAUGACCCCAACCAUUUUUCAUUCGCUUCUAUAUCAUGCGUCAAGCCGGACUUCCCAUACGAGCCCGCACAGUUUUGGGGCUGGAACUGGCUCCUUCGCUGGAUGGGCAUUGGCACCGAGCCUGGUGGCCGGACGCUCAGGAAUAGGAUUCGCGGCUUUGAUAUUAUGGCUGACCACGUUCUUCGUGGGGCGGGCCAAGCCCCGCGUCUCCGCUUCCUCCUCGAACUGGGUGACAUGAUUUAUGCGGAUGUGCCCCGGUAUGAGGGCCCCGCGAUGGAGUCCUAUCGCAAACUGUAUCGCAAUGUUUUCGCUUCUUCUUCAUUCCGCCGCAUCUACGAAUCGAUCCCUGUUAUCGGCAUGUAUGAUGAUCAUGAAAUCAUUAAUAAUUGGAGCGGCGAAGGGUAUCACAAACAUUCGCUUGUCAAUGCAAACACAAGCUUGCCGAAUGCCACAUUUGAGCACAACGAGAAUGAUACACCUCUUUCGCCUCCAGCUGGCCUCCAUGCUGGCUUGCGCGCUUGGUCUGAGUACAUCGGCCGUGCGAAUCCCCCCCCGGUAUCCCGAGAUGAGAAUUACUUUUCGUUCAGAUAUGGUGAUACCGCGUUUUUCGUGCUUGAUACGCGAAAGCAUCGGACUCAUCCAGACUCCAAUAUUGAGAAUCCCACGAUCCUUGGUUCUGAACAACACCAUGCACUUAUGUCAUGGCUAGCUGAAGUGAAUCACACUGCCACAUUCAAGUUUAUCGCCUCUUCAGUCCCAUUCACUAGCUUAUGGGGCGGUCCUUUGGACCUGGAUGGCCGCUACGAUGGCUGGUCUUUCUACGUGGAUGAACGCAAGCAGCUUCUUGAUGUGCUUGAAUACGUGCCAAACGUUAUUCUUUUGAGUGGUGACCGACAUGAAUUUGCGGCCGUGUCGUUCCGUGACUCCGUCGUCGAGUUCAGCACAAGCCCAUUGUCCAUGUUUUACAUUCCCAUUCGCACUCUUGCACAGGAACACUCAAUGGAUCCGCCUGGAUCGGAGACUCUAUUGAAAUAUCUUCCCGAUGGAAAUCAUAAAUGGACCGAGUUCGAAGUGGACACACGUGACCCCAAGAAUCCUGCUGUCCAUGUCCGUGUCUAUGUGGAUGGUCUGGAAGCAUGGCAACUUCGUGUGGACGGCAGGCCAAUAACUAGACCUCAGAGUGCUCUUGGAAAACUUGCUCGAAGCCUUUUAGAACUCUUGGGUUUCCGAAAACGAGAAUGGUUCUAA